CCUGAGCUUUUAGGGGUCAGGUCAGGGUCUGGUGAUACCAUUGAUACCAAUAAUGGAGGAAAAUUUUCGCGAAAAGUUACAGUAAACCACGAGAAAAAGUGACAGUUAGAGGGAAAUUCUCACGAAUUCUUCCGGUUUUAAACAUUUUUCACAAAAUUCAUUAAAUUUUUUCUAUCGAUCCACGAGCAUUUCCUUCUCCACCCACACGUGGCUGAUGCAAUUUUUUAAUUACUGAAAUAUUCGUGUGAUAGUGAACGAAGUGAAAUAGACGGUGUACCACUGGGAAUUCGUUGAGGUGCUGAAGAUGAUGGGAAUCAAUACGUGUGUUGGUGAAUUCAGUGCCACGUGUGGUCCCACGUCGGGAAUCGACUUCCUGGAGUGAUAAAAAUGUGUCGUUGAAUUUAUCACGACGUUUACUCAUUGAAAUGUGUUUGGCGUCUGUUCUCCAUUGCAUUAAGGUAUUGAACUGUCAAAGAAAGCUAUAGUUAGACAGAUAAGUUGAUUAGAUUUGACAACUGUCAUCACUUUCUCCGAAGACUUCGCUCACAAGAAUUGACCGGCAGUGACAAUGCCACACCUUCCAGCAGUCUAAAAACUCAUCACCAGUAAAUAAUCAGUAAAAAUCAUGACUGCCACGAGAUACGUCGACACUAACGGAGAAGUGGGUACAAAUGUUGGUUCAGACACAAGAUGCGUCAUUGAAAAUCAGAGAGCCACUGGAGAAAUGAUGACGCGUGUCAAGGUGACACCAGUAGAAGAGAGACAAGACAAUGACAACGCAGACGAAAGUGAUCCUUUUAUUGAUAAUAAUCAUCGUCAAAUAGGUUCAUUAAGUGGAGAAUCAAAGAACAUUUCGACGAAUAAAUUAGAGAGGAAGAAGGGACAGCUUGAUGAUGAUGAUGAUCAGAUGCCACCGGAUGGUGGAGUCCGGGCGUGGAUGAUAAUGCUCGGGAGUUUUACCAUUAAUGGAAUUUUAUUCAGUGUCAUUAACUCUUAUUCGCUGAUUUUUCUCAAAUUAUCGGAAAUUCUGAGGGACGCCGGGGAAACUGAGGUCUCGUCGAAGGCUUCACUGGUGGGAUCGCUGACGAUAGGAACGACAUUUUUUCUGUCUCCCGUUGCUGGAAUUCUCACUGAUCGAAUUGGAAUUCAGAUGACAACAUUCAUCGGCGGAGCACUAGCUUUCGGGGGAAUGUUGCUCUCAUCUAUUUUUUCUACUAAAGUGGAAAUUUUGUACCUAACUUAUGGCGUUAUGUACGGGCUGGGGGCAAGUCUGGCUUAUACACCGAGUUUAGUCAUUUUGGGUCAUUAUUUCAAGCGUUAUUUGGGACUCGUCAAUGGUGUCGUCACAGCCGGAAGUUCUGUUUUUACAACAAUUAUGCCUUACUUAAUGGGAUCUCUCCUGAAACGAUUUGGAUUGGUUGGCACUCUGAGGGGAUUGGCAGUUCUUACAUCAGUCGUUAUGAUGUGUGCAAUUCUCUUCAAACCAAUACCCGUGCCGAGCAAAGCAGCUCUCGCAGCUGAGUCUGGAUUAAAUCCAGAAAGCACUUUUCGCUCGAAGAUGAAGACAGUAGUGAACACUUCCAUCUGGAAGAGGAAGAAAUACGUCGUCUGGGCCAGUGCAAUUCCCCUGGCACUCUUCGGGUAUUUCGUGCCCUACGUCCACAUCGCGAAUUUCGUGAAGAGGGUUUUUGAUAAUGACGCCAAUGAACGUCUUCCGAUCAUGUGCAUUGGAAUAACUUCCGGUAUUGGUCGUCUCGUUUUUGGAUACAUUGCGGAUUUGCCUCGAGUCAAUAGAAUAUUAUUACAACAAAUAUCUUUCAUCAGUAUAGGCAUCUUGACGAUGCUUUUGCCACUGACACCCCCCUAUUACCCCAUUCUUCUUGUGAUAACACUAUUGAUGGGAUUGUUCGAUGGAUGUUUCAUAUCAUUGCUCGGUCCAAUUGCCUUCGAUAUCUGCGGAAGGGAAGGAGCAACUCAGGCCAUUGGAUUUCUCCUUGGCAUGUGCUCCAUUCCUUUGACUGUUGGUCCACCCAUUGCAGGGCUAUUAUUCGAUCAUACUGGAUCUUACACUAUACCUUUCGUUCUCGCUGGGAUUCCCCCGAUAAUUGGAGCAGCUGCCAUGUUUCUAGUGCGGUUUGUCGAGGAGUCUCCACAGGAAUCACUCAAGAGUCAUCCACCUGAAGAGUCCAUCAAUGCUGACGCUUGCCUCAAUGGGAUAGAAAAGCCGGUGUGGAAAUCGAAUGGAGCUGGUGGACAGAGACAGGAAGGUAGGUCAACAAACAAUCAGCAGUUAUCAGCCACUGCACUUUGCAAUUCUAAAUGUCGAUGGAAUACCGAACGAUCAGAGACAUUCAUGGACUGUCAAAUCGCCUUCAGAUGCUCCAAUGAAAUCCAGGGCAAUGACUGUGGAUGCAUUACGAACUCUGAGAGUGUUCCAUUGCUAAUUAGUGCGAGAUUGAUCGAAUGAUUGAGAGCACAUGAGAUUGGAGCAAUAGACUGAUAUUUUUUUUCUGACAAUGCAUUUAUUUUUAUUUUCUAAUAAAACGUUUUUUUUUAUCUCC